UAAAUACAGCAGCCACAAGCAGCCAUCAUCCCACCCGGCACCCAGGCACAGCAGCUUAGCUAGUGGCGUCGGACAUUGUCGAACGUCAUUGUGUUCACUGUUCGUGACUUGUAAUAGCAACGCUUCUUCUUCUGCCUUUUGCGUAGAAUAUUCACCUCAAAUUCAACAUGCCGUCUUACAAGCUGAUUUAUUUCCCUGUCACGGCAUUGGCCGAGCCAAUUCGCUUUCUCUUCAGCUAUGCUGGCAUCGAAUUUGUGGAUGAACGUUUCGAUAGGAACGACUGGCCAAACAUUAAACCGACUAUGCCAUUCGGUAAAGUGCCCGUACUCGAGGUAGAUGGAAAGAAAAUCGGUCAGUCUGUAGCUAUCUGCCGUUAUUUGGCAAAGCAAUGUGAUCUCGCUGGCAAGAACGAUUGGGAGGCUCUGGAAAUCGACUCGACCGUUGAUACCAUACACGACUUACGCGCCAGUAUGGCUUCUUACUUCUACGAAAGUAAUGAACAGGCUAAACAAGAGAAACAACUUAAAGCUAAAGAAAUAGUGCCGUAUUAUUUGGAACGUCUGGACGCUCAAGUGAAGAAGAACGGCGGUUACUUUGUCGGCGGUGCUUUGACUUGGGCCGAUCUCACUUUCGUCGGUCUUUUGGAUUACUUGAACUUGAUGAUGAAAGAGGACAUCGUCGAGAAGUAUGAGAACUUGAAACAACUCCAAAAGAAGGUCGAGGAAGUACCGGCUAUCAAGAAGUGGAUCCAGAAGCGUCCGGCAUCUAAUUACCCGAAUUAAUUUGGUUAACUUCAUAAAAGAUUUUUCGACAGAAUUUAUUAUCCAUUGAUGUUUGAUUUGAAUAAAAUAUUGAUUUUUUUUUUCAAA